AUGACACCACACGUCGAUCCAAGGGCGAUUGAGUAUGGCAUUGUAAUGAGAGGAGCCGGUACAAUUCAAAAUGUGUAUCCUAAUGGAAGUCUAGUCAUGAAUGCCAAAGUAACCAAAGAGGGAGUCGAUUAUCUUGCCAUCGGCCUCCCUUGCACCACCGGACAAGAUAGUGGAGGAGACAAUGGAAGUGGAGAUGGAGAAGUCUCAGAUUGCAAUCUAAACUCUCUCUCGGCAGUCGGCGGGCGAGAGAUCUCUCUAAACUACAUUCAAAGUUUUCUAUUUAAAAGUUCAACAUGGGCUGACUGCGCCGUCCUUAUCAUUGACUCUACCACUGGUGGUUUCGAAGCUGGUAUUUCCAAGGACGGUCAGACCCGUGAGCAUGCUUUGCUUGCCUUCACCCUUGGUGUCAAGCAAAUGAUUUGCUGCUGCAACAAGAUGGAUGCCACCACACCUAAAUACUCAAAGCCCAGGUAUGAUGAAAUUGUGAAGGAAGUGUCAUCCUACAUCAAGAAGGUUGGAUACAACCCUGACAAGAUCCCAUUUGUUCCCAUAUCUGGUUUUGAGGGUGACAACAUGAUUGAGAGGUCCACCAACCUUGAUUGGUACAAGGGCCCAACCCUCCUUGAAGCUCUUGACCAGAUUCAGGAGCCAAAGAGGCCCUCAGACAAGCCCCUCCGUCUCCCACUUCAGGACGUCUACAAGAUUGGUGGUAUUGGAACUGUACCUGUUGGCCGUGUGGAGACUGGUGUUAUCAAGCCUGGUAUGGUUGUCACCUUUGGCCCAACUGGUCUGACAACUGAAGUCAAGUCUGUUGAGAUGCACCACGAGGCCCUCCAGGAGGCUCUCCCUGGUGACAAUGUUGGCUUCAACGUCAAGAAUGUUGCCGUGAAGGAUCUCAAGCGUGGUUACGUUGCCUCCAACUCCAAGGAUGACCCUGCCAAGGGUGCUGCCAGCUUCACUUCCCAGGUCAUCAUCAUGAACCACCCUGGUCAGAUUGGAAAUGGAUAUGCACCAGUGCUCGACUGCCACACAUCCCACAUUGCUGUUAAGUUUGCCGAGCUGCAGACCAAGAUUGACAGGCGUUCUGGUAAGGAGCUGGAGAAGGAGCCCAAGUUCUUGAAGAACGGUGAUGCUGGUCUUGUUAAGAUGAUUCCCACCAAGCCCAUGGUUGUGGAGACUUUCUCCGAGUACCCACCUCUUGGUCGUUUUGCUGUCAGAGAUAUGCGCCAGACAGUUGCUGUCGGUGUCAUCAAGAGUGUGGACAAGAAGGAUCCAUCUGGUGCCAAGGUCACCAAAGCUGCUGCUAAGAAGGGUGCCAAGUGA